CGGCAUCGUGCAACUGUCAACCGCUACCAGAAAGCGCAUAGCGGAUUGUUCUGAACAAAGCUCCAGCGGCAGCUACUUUUCUAAUUCGGUAAUAACAUCUUCACCGGGUUCUCCGCUUUCCCCACGGGGUGCGUCGAGGGGCCGAGGUACACCGUUAGAGCAAGAGUACUGCGGGGAUGUUAUCACCAAACACACGCCUCUCGUACACCUACUCUGCGCUCCGCCAUACUGCAUCACUAAUUCGAUACACCCGCAGCGGGCCUGUCAAGAUCCCGCUUGGACCUACUUUCAGACCAGCAAGCACAAUGGCGCCUCAGUAUAACGACAUCAAGUUCGAAGUCAAGGGAAAAAUUGGUGUAAUUAAGUUCAAUCGUCCCAAAGCACUCAAUUCAUUUGGUGGGACGCUUAUUUCCGAUGUUAUCGCCGCCCUUCGUGAGCUCAACGAGCAUCCGGACACUGUUUUCACCGUCCUGACUGGCGAGGGUCGCUUUUUCUCCGCCGGUGCAGAUGUUCGCGGCGGAUCACUGUCACAGCAGCCUAAGGAAUUCAAGAAUGCGGGCGAGAAGAAGUUGGCAUUUUUGCAGAACUUCACGUACGCACUUGAGCUUCUAAGGAGCAUGAUAGACCAUCGUAAGGUGCUUAUUCUCGCACUCAACGGCCCCGGCGUAGGAGGUGGUGCUGCAUGGUUUCCAGGAAUUGCGGACAUCGUGCUGGCCUCUUCCUCAGCAUGGCUCCAGUGCCCCUUCAGUGCGCUUGCCCUGGUGCCUGAGAAUGGAUCUGCCCUAUCUUUCGCGCAGCACAUCGGUAUUCAUCGCGCAAAUGACUUCCUCAUGUUUGGCCGUAAGUUGUCCGCACAAGAACUCCUCGACGCGGGCAUGUACAAUUACGUAUGGGACAAAAGCGGCGACGAGUUUCACGCCGAGGUCAUCAAAUUCCUAGAGGGCCAACUGGAAGUCAAUGACGGGAAGAGCAUGAUGGAGACGAAGAGGCUGCAGAACGUAGGCGUGAGGGACCAACGGAUGAUUGCAGUUGUGAAUGCGGUUGAUGCGUUGGCGGAGAGAUUCGUGGAGGACGCGCCGCUGCAUAGGUUCGCGGAGAAGAAGAAGUUGAUGGAGGAGAAGAGUAAAACGCGGUCGAAGAUGUAGCUUCAUGACGAUGAAUUCUUC